ACUCAUGUUUCCUGCAAUCUGAUGAUCCGCAUCUAAAAUUAUCAAACAGGGUUGGAUUUCUGUAGUUGAAUCCUGAUUUCUCGAACUGGUGCCCUGAUUGGAAACCCUAACUCCACAAUUAGAUUUCAGAUUUCUUCGAAAGUUAUUGAACUUUUUGCUGAGAAAAAAGAACCUCAUCCUUUAAGAUAAGGGUUCCCUGUUCGAUGGAUGCUAAUCAGGACACAAUGGGAGGGAGCCAGCCGUUAGAUCUUUCCAAGCACCCAUCUGGAAUUGUACCGACACUCCAUUGAUGUGACAUCUAUCUCUGAGCUACUUCCUAUUCCAGGAAUAUAGUUUCAACUGUCAACUUGGACUGUAAAUUGGAUCUUAAAGCAAUUGCGUUGCAAGCUCGCAAUGCUGAAUACAAUCCUAAGCGUUUUGCUGCUGUUAUCAUGAGGAUAAGAGAGCCAAAAACUACGGCUUUGAUCUUUGCAUCUGGAAAGAUGGUUUGCACUGGAGCGAAGAGUGAAGAACAAUCUAGGCUUGCAGCUAGGAAGUAUGCUCGUAUCAUUCAGAAGCUUGGGUUCGCUGCAAAGUUUAAGGAUUUUAAGAUUCAGAACAUCGUUGGCUCCUGUGAUGUGAAGUUUCCCAUCAGACUUGAGGGCUUAGCCUAUUCCCACGGUGCCUUUUCAAGCUAUGAACCAGAACUUUUUCCAGGCUUGAUCUACCGGAUGAAGCAACCGAAGAUUGUGCUUCUCAUAUUUGUGUCUGGAAAAAUUGUCCUCACUGGAGCAAAGGUGAGGGAAGAGACGUACACUUCCUUUGAGAACAUAUACCCUGUCCUUACGGAGUUCAGAAAGAAUCAGCAAUGGUAUGGUCACUCUUCCUUCCAGGAACUUAUAAUUUUCCCUUACAGGUCUAACCUUUUUUUGUGGACUGAUAUUUGUUCAAUGUUGCUCUUUUUUUUGGCUGUCCCUCCCUGAAGAAUUGCCGAAAUUUAUUAUUAUUAUUAUUAUUAUUAUUAUUAUUAUUAUUAUUAUUAUUAUUAUUAUUAUUAUCAGAAUACUUGCAAGCACAUGAAGCCAUCGGUGGUGCUUGCCCUGCAGCCUCGCUUUGUAUCUUAUAAUAUAUGUGUCUUUUGAUAUUGUUGUCGCCAUUUCAUUUUCCCAGAUGAAUUUCAAGUCAUAACAUGAAAUCUUUAAAAUGUUCAAAGUGAUGAAUGUGAUUUCCUGUGUACCUAGUAAUGGUUUCUUGCAAUUGGGCUGUCUUAUUGGGUGUCUAUG